UAAUUUGUAUUCGAACAAGUGGUACACAGUUCAUCAACCAGCUGAGUUCACUAUCUAGGCUAUAGCAGUGUUAUAUAAUUUCAGUGUAACAUAGUCUGCUCUUUGUUUACUGUAGCGAUAAUUACUGUAUUAUAUUUGUUGUUGUGGUGCCUAAUUACGGUAUUUUUUUUAAUUUUGAACAUUUUGCCCUAUCGUUUUGAUUUCAUACAAGCCUGAAUAUCAUUUUAAUAUUCAAUUUCGAUUGAUUCUUUUAUUCUCAUUGACUUAGGAAAUAAUCCAAACCGUUUAAUUUACAUUCUGUUUAUAAUGGUUAAACAAGAGAAUGUAUUUUUGUUUGUGCCAAAUUUAAUUGGAUAUGCUAGAGUAGUACUGGCUGUAGUUUCUAUUUACUUUAUGCCUAACAAUUAUAAAAUAGCAUGUUCAUGUUAUGUACUUAGUGCAUUAUUAGAUGCUGUUGACGGUCAUGCAGCUCGAGCAUUUAAUCAAAGUACCAAGUUUGGAGCUAUACUUGAUCAAUUAACUGAUCGCUGUGGAACGAUGAGUCUGUGUAUUGCAUUAUCAAAUUUUUAUCCUAAAUAUAUGUUUUUUUUUCAACUUAGUUGCAUUAUUGAUAUUUCUUGUCACUGGAUCUACUUGCAUUCAUCAAUUUUGCAAGGUAAAACUAGUCAUAAAUUUGUGGAAUUGUCUGGAAAUUCUAUAAUGAGAUGGUAUUAUACAUCUAAACCUAUACUAUUUUUUAUGUGUGCAGGAAAUGAAUUAUUUUUUGCAUCAUUAUAUCUAUGUCAUUUUAUUACAGGACCAUUAAUUGCAGGUCAUGGUUUAUUUAAACUGUUGUGUUGGUUAUCAUGUCCAAUAAUGCUUGUCAAAACAUUAAUUUCAUUGAUUCACUGUUAUGUUGCUAGUAUAAAUUUAUCUAUUAUUGAUGUUAAUGAACGCCAUGAAAAACAAUAGGUUAUUAGUUAAGAAAAAAAAUUAUGAUAUAGUUUAAAUUUUAAUACCUAUGUGUGUUACAUUUUUAAACAUUCCAUUAUCAUAAUACUACUUUAUUGGUUCCUUUUUGUUGUAAGUGUGAUUUGCAUCUGUAUUUUUAAACUAUUUACAUUUUUAGUAUCUAGUCAUUGUUUUAUUUAUUACGU